AUGUCAUCUCAAAAGUGUUUAAAGUUUGUACAGAGUGUCCUGGAAUCUUUCCAGGCCAAUUCUGGUCUAGAGCCAAGACUUCUCAAUGGGCUCCGCGUAACAGCAGCACGCCCCGGCAUCGUCAACUUCGAACUCCCCAUCGAGAAACACCACACCAACCGUCUUAACAUCCUGCAUGGCGGGACCAUAGCCAGCAUGGUAGAUCUAGGCGGUUCUCUAGCCGUAGCUUCUCGAGGCCUAUUUGCUACUGGAGUUUCUACUGAUCUCAAUGUCACUUACCUGAACUCUGGCGGCAAGAUUGGAGAUUUGAUCCGUGCGGAAGUCACUUGUGACAAAUUCGGCAAAACCCUCGCCUACACAUCCAUAAACUUCCACAAUGAAAAGCAAGAAUUGGUCGCUAGAGGAAGUCAUACCAAAUACGUCACUCUCGCUUGGAAGGAUCCAAACAACAUCGUCGAGGAGUUAUCGCCAAAGCCAGAGAAGAAGUCUGAAUAA